UAUUAGUAUACUAUAUUGCUAGACACUAUAUUACUAGGCAGUAUCCUAGAUUAUAGUGCAAUUUAUAUUAGACAGUAUACAUAUCUGUACCACUUACUCCACCACCUACUUAUCAGUCGUAUAUAUACAGUAUUACCGAUACCAUCGCACAAAAAUUGUGGUUCCCCAUAACUAUCUUCUUCUUCUUCCUACUCUAUACAAUGGGUCAACAAACCUCAACCCCUCCAAAGAUAACAGCUCAAGAUAAGGCUAUCUUUCAAUUAAAACAACAACGAGAUAAAUUAAAACAAUAUCAAAAGAGAUUAACCAUAGUCAUUGAUAAACAAUCUAAUCUUGCUAAACAAGCCAUAAAGGAUAAACAAUUAGAUCGAGCUAAAUUUUAUUUACGAUCAAAAAAGCAACAACAAUCAGUAAUUGAAAAGACUUAUAAUCAAUUAGAUAAUUUAGAAGGUUUAAUUGGAACAAUUGAAUUUAAAUUAAUUGAAAAAGAUGUAUUAUAUGGACUUCAACAAGGUAAUGCUGUACUUAAAAAAUUAAAUAAUGAAAUGAGUAUUGAUAAGAUUGAUAAAGUAUUAGAUGAUUUACAAGAUGAAAGAGUUAAAGUAGAUGAAAUAUCUGAUGCAUUAGGAAUGGGAUCAGGAUUAACUAAUCAAGAGGAAGAUGAAGUCGAUGAAGAAUUACGUCAAUUAGAAUUACAAGUUAAUGGACCUACCAAACAAGAAAUUGUUGAAGAUAAAUUACCUCAAGUACCAACUGAUAAGAUAAUGCCACAAGUACCAAAUGAACCAGUUCAUGAUACUGAAGAACCAAAUAUAGAAUCAGAAAGGCCAAAUGAACCAAUAGCAAAUUAGAAUAAUUAGCAAAUUAGCAUAUCAUCACU